AUGUGCCUCGGGGGGACCACGGGCGACAACACGUGCCUGCUUGGGCAAGCCCCGGAGGAGGAGGAGGAGGAGGAGGAGGAGGAGGAGGAGGAGGAGGAGGAGGAGGAGGAGGAGGAGGAGGAGGAGGAGGAGAUGCAAGCGGAGGGCGCCAGGGAGGUGGGCGUGGCAACAGGGCUGGAGGUGUUAUACCAGGAGACGCCCAACUACCGCGGAGCGGCGGCCGAGGCUGACCGCAUGAUCGAGCCCAGCCAGACAGCCUGGCACGCCUGGCGAGUGCCAGACUUGGGGGGUUGUUUUCCCAAAGCAGUCUUGAUCGUGUUUGGAAGGGGAAAGCAUCUGGAGACUACUUAA